UACCGCUAAAGUGAAACACAGAAAGUCACAGAGCGCGUGGUAGCGUUAGCAUUUCUUUUGUUAGAAGGUAGUUUGAAAACAAGUGUGGUGUUUUAGGGAAAUAUUUCCGUGUUUGCAGUAAACAUGUCUUCAUUUCAGCCUCAGAUGGAGUUUAUCAACGAGCAGGAAACUGCUGCUGGAGAAACAUUCACGGAGUUUAAAGAAAUCAAAGUCAAGAUCGAGGAAGAGAUGGAGGAUCAGACAGAAAUCAACGUUAAGAUCGAGGAAGAGAUGGAGGAUCAGCGGAGACUGAUGGAUUUCACCAGGAUACCGAAGAUCAUCUUACACCGGAUAGAGCGGGGACAGCAGUCUCAAAGAGUCCUGUCUGGAGCCAACAUCGUUCGUUACAAGCACAUCAUGUUGGUGAGGGUGAAGUUUGGAGGAACGCAGAAGUACGUCAAAGUGGCUGCGACUGAAGAUGGUUAUGACUUCAGCACAUUUCUUCAUAAAGUCAUUGAGAAGCUAAAUAUUCCACUUGAGACUGAGCUGCUCUUGACGGAUGAAUCUGGGACAGAGGUUGACGAAGAUGUGUUUGAGGAGCUUCUGGAAGCAGGGAACCUCACUGUGACUGUGACAACUAAGAAGCCAAAAGCUGUGCGUCGGCACAAUCUGCCAUCUACUUUGUUGAAGUCAACCGUGUCAGACAAAUCAUCCGCGUCAGUUUCCUCUGAUUCAUCUGAUGCAACAGUAACUGUUCACAUAAAUGGAGAGACAGGAGCACAAAGUGACCGGGAAGCAGCAAAAGAGAUGGUCAGAAAUGCUCUCCUGGCAAAACCGGCUGGACAAGUGAUUUUGGACGAGUAUGACAAACUGAGAACGUUGUCGGAUAGCACAAGACGGCGUCUGGUAAACCUUCUUGUGGCCAAAAUGGUUGAAAUUUAUGGGACGAUCCCACCAGUCUCUGUUCGAACUAAAUAUGCUUUGGGCAUCGUCUCUCUAUUUCCCAGCCUCAGAGAUCCGUACUCAGAGACUGGAUAUGAACACUUCUAUGACCAACAGAGUGGGUCUGGCUACUUGGCCUGGAGAAUUAAAACUGUUCAGCGCAGCUGUGCAGCUCAGCUCCAGAGAUCCUCCACCAGCACCACCUACCAGGACAGUCCAAAGAGAAAGAGAGAGGUUCCUUGCACUGCUGAGCAGCUGCUGGGUGAGGAGUGUCAGGAGGCGAUAACCUUUUUGAGACAUUCAGCUGAUGAGUUGGUGGUCAAAGAGAAGAUGAGGGCCACGUUUCAUUAUCGACAAACACUGCUUCGAGAUCAAACGCGCUCUUCAGCGGUCUUGGACGUCUUCCCACGAUUUCUGAACAUUACCGGACUGAUUGACCAGGACUUCACCAUGAUAUUUGGAGAGGAGGUCUCAGGCAGGUUUUUGGCAAAAUGGCCUACUUUUUUCAAACCUAGGAUCCUGACAGAGUGCAGAAAACUGACUUCGAAUACGCACAUCGAAGACCUUUUGUUUGCGCAGCACGACAGAAGUUGGGACAGUGACCUGUCGAGCAUCCUGCUUUUGGUUCACCUCCUUCCCCCGACCUCCAAAGGCCACAAGAAAUGUGGCAAAAUCAGCGCAUGUCAAGCUGUCAACCACCUUAUGAAAUUUCUGCAGAUGGGAGCCAGUGUUGAAACCUUUCUUGCUGGUGUGGAACCGGAACAUCCCUUCCUCCUGUGUGUGGGCGAAAAGAAGAGCAGCAUCCAAAGACGCUACAUCGUCAUCGAUCACAAGGCCAUCCCGUGCAAGGGACAGACAUCCUUGGCAGCAUUCGACGAGCUCUUCAAGUCACACUUCAUCUUCAGCGUCAACUAUCAUGAAUCGCUCUACAACUUCUAUACCUUCAUCCAAACCACUGUUUUCAACAUUGAUGUGGGAAGGGCCAAGGAAAAUCCCAGAGUCAGGGAGCUAAGAGCGAGAUUUUUCCACACUUGAGGUGACAAAUAUCCUUGGAUGCAAAUAUGUCUCUUUGUUUUGUCUGUAAAGCACACCACAGAAGUUAAAACGAAAUCCAUGCAGAACAUUGUGCAGGAAAACCCUUUGUUAGUUUCAACGUUUGGUGUCAAAAAGACAUGCUUACUUGAUACUUUGCAAUUUUCCCACACUUCUGACAACCAUGCAGUGGACAUGAUGCACAAUUUACUUGAAGGUAUAGUUCAAUACGAAGUCAGACUUGUCUUUCAGUAUCUUGUCAACCAGAAGCAUCUCUCUUUGGAACUGUCGUCACAAAGUUCCAGCUGUGGUUGUAUUGAGAGAAAGAGUAGGCCUGGUGGGUUCAAACUGGAUGAGUUCAGUCUUGGUGUCUUGUGAGAAACACGCCUCUUGUUCUUGGUGAUGUACUGGAAAUGGAUGUUACUGGAGUCUGCUGCUGCUCUUGAUUCAGGUUGUGAAAAUUGUGUUUCCACCCAUUUUAACAACUGAUACGACUCACUAUUUGAAGCUCUUGAUGAAGGAUCACCACAAGCUUUUUAGAUCUGAGAAAAGGCUGAUUCCAAUCAUCUCAUGCUGCAUUAUCCACGUCGUAUUAGAGAAAUCUCCAUGUGUGGAGCAUGAGAUUUGAGGCAAAACAUACAUUUUAGAAAAAAAUCAGUAAAAAACUUGAACAUUUUCACAAAAGCAAUGGUUAAACAACAGUAGACAGCUAACUUACCACUGGGAGGAUUUAGAUUUUCGGAGAUUUAAGUUUGGUCCAGUGAAGAAAGAAAGUAUUGAUAGCUUGAUGGAGGUGAGGUUUUAAGUUCUGCUUUAAAUGUAAGCAUAUACUGUAAAGUGGGUGAAGAACUAUGGAACUGAAUAUCGGAUUGUUAUGUUUGUUUGUACUGGAAGUGAAACAAAAAUUCCUAUUUUCAGAAAAGUCACUAAUGUCAUUGUACAUGAUGAUGCUUUCAUUUUGACUUGCAGAUUGGACACUUUAUUUUAAUGAUCAUUUCAGUGCAUAUUGUAUUAAUGCGAGUAGAUUCAUUUUAUGUUUUUUUUCUGUCAAGGACUUGGUUUAUUUCAGACCUCAUGGCAAGAAGUUUUCUAACGAGAUGUGUGGAAAAACAUAUAUUGUGCCACAUUGUCAUAUUGUGUGAUCUUUGUGUUUGCAAAGCCGGAGCUGUUUUAUGUCUUGGGCUUGUUUGAAAUAAAAGUAGAUUCAAACUGCA